CGACAAUUUUCAAUCAUUUUGUUCUAAAUCUCAUUUUGUUCCCACGAACAUGGAUCACGACGAACUAUAUAGAUGGAUCGAUGCUCAUACCAUUACAAGACAAAAAAGAAAUUUGAAUAGAGACUUUUCUGAUGCAGUACCCUUAGCCGAAAUAUUAAAACAACACUUUCCUAAGUUGGUAGAUUUACACAAUUAUACUUCCACAUUUUCGUUUACUCAAAAAAUGGUCAACUGGGAUGUAAUUAAUAAGAAAGUGUUGAACAAACUAAAUAUAAAUCUGUCUAAAAAACUUAGAGAGGAACUGGCCAAAAGUACUCCUGGUGCUAUAGAAAAAGUGCUUGAAGAGAUUAAAGCUAAAAUUGAAGAUAGAGAGGCCUCUGGAGAUCACGUUGAUGAUACAAAGAUUCUGUAUUUAGAGAAUGGUCUAGAAUUAUCUUACAGAGAAGGUGUUGUUCCCAUAAAGAUCAAUAAUGGAACGAAAACGGUAGAGAGGAAGUUGGUUCCAAGUGAAAUGUUUGAUAAAAUGGAAACGGACCUUGAAGAGCAAAAGGAAACCAUCGCUACUCUCACUCAGAAACUUGAUCAUUUGGAAAAAUUAAUAGGAAUUAAAGACGAAAGGAUUAAAGAUUUAUCACAGCAACUACAAACGAUCAUUAAUUCACCAGCAGAUUCUACAACUAGCAUAAUGUCACAGAGAUCACGAUUUUUCAGUAAUUUGUUUUAAUUUUCAAAAUUUUUAUAACUACUUUUUUAAAAUACAUACUAGGUUCUAACUAGAGAGUAUGGAUGUAUUAAAUAAUAGUACCUAAUGCUAGUCUCUUUAUUUUCAUGUAUCUAACAAGGAAUGCACAUAAAACAGUAUUCCCAACCUUUUUUUUCGACCAAUUUGAUUGUUUUGUUGUUAGAAGAGAUGACAAGC